AUGGUCAAACCCCUGUCCUUCAAGGGCGACAAGAAGCCGAAGAAGAGAAAGCGAACGGAAGCUGAGGCCCAGGACCGCGACGCGCAGGGCGGGGAGGUCAUCCGUACCGGCGGGGUCUCCGCAUUGACGGCGAAUGCGGACGAUGACGACGACGAUAGCUGGGUGUCUGCCGAUGCCGUGACGGACGUCGUCGGGCCCGUCAUGUUCGUCUUGCCGACGGAACCACCCGCUGCAUUGGCGUGUGAUGCCGUUGGCAAGAUAUUUACGCUUGGAAUCGAGAAUAUUGUCGAGAGCAACCCUUCGACGGCUGAGCCGCAUGACGUGCGGCAGGUAUGGGUUGCGAAUAGGACAACAGGGACGGAGCAAUUCAGAUUCAAGGGCCACCACGGACAAUAUCUUGGGUGCGACAAGAAUGGAGUAUUAUCAGCGACGUCGCCGGCUGUGUCACCGCUAGAAUCUUUCAAUAUUAUUGCAACAGCAGAUACCCCUGGCACGUUCCAAAUUCAGACGCUACGUGAUACCUUCCUCACCGUCAAGCCACCGAAACCCAAUGUCACCACCUCCGACGUCAGAGGCGACGAAGGGUCCAUCACAUUCAACACCACAUGGCGUAUCAGGAUGCAGGCGAGGUUCAAGCCGCGACUCAAGGCAAGUAAAGAAGAAAAGGCAAAGGAAAAGAUCAGUCGCAAGGAACUCGAACAGGCCGUAGGACGCAGGCUCGAGGAUGACGAAGUAAGAAAGUUGAAGAGGGCGAGAAGGGAGGGCGACUACCAUGAGCAGUUAUUGAUGUUGAAGGUUAAGGGGAAGCACGACAAGUACGGCUAG